CUAGUUCUUGUCCUUAUUAUUCAAAAAAAGAACUUAAAAGUAUUUCUUGGUUAGAAAUAUUCAAAGGAAUAUUUGGUCAAUCAAGCAGCGAAUGAUCCUGACAGUCAUUAACAUUGAAAGGAGGACAUUUGUAAAGCCAUUAGGGUAUACGGUGACCUGGGGAUAAGGUAAUAAAAAGCCAAUGGUGCAGAAGAGAAAUUAUCCACAGUAACGUCUUGUGAAGCACAGCUCCGUUCCCAGUUGGCUGGGACACCAAUAACUCCAGACCCUGGCUCUGCAAUCGGCUCCCAUCACCGAAGGCACUGGGGGUGAAGUUGUUUGAUUUAGUCCACCGGGACCUUUAAAUUUGCCGUCCGUCUUUUAAUGAAUCAAUCGUUCUACGGUUAACUGAACAGCAGAGCGACUGCGGGCGUGUGAGGAUGAAGCAGCGGUCCAUGAGCAGCGGCGGAAUCGCUGCCGGUUAAACACCUGCCUCCCAGCACCAGAACUGAUAUAAAACCGCAAGCUGUUGACCCCCCUGCAAACAGACAAAAGUGAGUUGACCCGGGUUUAAUAGCUUUCCGGUGGAUGAUUGAGGAGGAGAAUCCCAGAAGACUUCAAAUAACUGGGAAGCCAUUCUCGUUCGCCCUCCCUCCCCAGCGUCGCGGAGCACAGCUCAGUGGAGUUGAGUCGCGGGCAGGAAUAGACGUCGCCGCCGGUGGCUGAGCCGAGGCAGAAGGUUCCGGACUCCCGUGUGGUCGCACUCGUUACGGCUCUCUCUGCAAAGUCUCGUCGCAGAAGGCCCCCCCCCACCCCGGCUCCCCCCCACUCACUUUUCCAUGUUGUUCCAAGUUCUUCUGCUGCUGCCGACAUUCUCGAGGGGGGAGAUGUGAGGAGAGCCUCCUGGAGAACGCCACCUCCUCCAGCCGCCGCUGCGAAACUGACCCCCCCCACCCCAGCCGCACAUUCCCGAAUCACCUGUUAACCACCGGGUUCUGGGACCGCCGGGGACCGCGGCGGGGUGCGCGUUCGCUGCGGUCCGGUCCACUUACGCCACGCUUGCACCAUGGACCUCCUGGGGAUUAUACUGCUGCUCCUGGGGGGGGCCACCCUGCCCUCCAUCCAUGCCUCCCAGCAGGAGAAUCGCAACGUCCCGAGGCUCAAGCUCUCCUACAAAGAGAUGCUGGACUCCAACAAUCUAAUCACCUUUAACGGUCUGGCUAACAGCUCGAGUUACCACACCUUCCUGCUGGACGAGGAGCGGGGCAGGCUGGUGGUGGGGGCCAAGGACCACAUAUUCUCAUUUAAUCUUGUCAACAUUAACAAAGACUACCUAAAGAUUUCAUGGCCUGCUACCCCAUCAAGGCGAGAUGAGUGCAAGUGGGCAGGGAAGGACUUAUUGAAAGAGUGCUCCAACUUCGUCAAAGUGCUCCAGUUUUUCAACCAAACCCACCUGUACGCCUGUGGGACAGGGGCGUUCCAUCCCGUCUGCACCUACCUGGAAGUGGGCAAGCGCCCGGAGGACAACGUCUUCCGGCUGGAGACGUCGCAGCUGGAGAAUGGGCGCGGCAAGAGUCCCUAUGACCCCAAGCUGCUGUCGGCGUCGCUUUUAAUUGACGGGGAGCUGUACUCUGGGACAUCGGCGGAUUUCAUGGGAAGGGACUUUGCCAUUUUCCGCACACUAGGGCCACAUCACCCAAUCCGGACAGAGCAGCACGACUCCAGGUGGUUAAAUGACCCCCGGUUUGUGGGCGUGAACUUGAUCCCUGAGAGCGACAACCCCGAAGACGACAAGAUCUACCUGUUCUUCCGCGAGAACGCAAUGGACGGCGAGCACACGGGGAAAGCAACGUAUGCACGCAUCGGACAGCUCUGCAAGAACGAUUUUGGGGGUCACAGGAGCCUGGUGAACAAAUGGACCACCUUCUUAAAAGCCCGCCUGGUUUGUUCAGUGCCCGGCAAUAACGGCAUCGACACCCACUUUGAUGAGCUGCAGGACGUGUUUAUGAUGAGCUCAAAGGACCCGAAGAAUCCAGUCAUUUAUGCUGUGUUUGCAACAUCCAGUAACAUCUUCAAGGGGUCGGCGGUGUGCAUGUACAGCAUGACCGACGUUAGGAGGGUGUUCCUGGGCCCCUACGCACACCGGGAUGGCCCCAACUUCCAGUGGGUGUCUUUCCAGGGGAGGGUACCCUAUCCACGGCCAGGAACAUGCCCGAGCAAGACCUUUGGGGGGUUCGAGUCGACAAAGGACCUUCCCGAUGAUGUCAUCACCUUUGCCAGAGGCCACCCUGCCAUGCACAAUCCUGUCUAUCCAAUCAACAACCAGCCCAUCAUCACCAAGACUGACGUGGACUACCAGUUCACCCAGAUUGUGGUGGACAGGGUGGAGGCAGAGGAUGGCCAGUAUGACGUCAUGUUCAUUGGGACAGAUAUAGGGACUGUUCUGAAAGUGGUGUCCAUUCCCAGAGAGACUUGGCACGAUCUGGAAGAAGUUCUGCUGGAGGAGAUGACCGUCUUCCGGGAGCCCACGGUCAUUACAGCUAUGGAGCUCUCCACCAAGCAGCAACAGCUGUACCUGGGCUCAUCCAUCGGGGUCUCCCAGAUGCCCCUGCACCGCUGUGAAGUUUAUGGCAAAGCCUGCGCUGAGUGCUGCCUGGCACGAGACCCCUACUGCGCCUGGGAUGGCACCGAGUGCUCUCGCUACUUCCCCACCGCCAAAAGGAGGACAAGGCGUCAGGACAUCAGGAACGGAGACCCUCUGACUCAGUGCUCGGACCUCCAGCAUAGUGACGAUCUCACCGGACAAGGCACUCUGGAGGACAAGCUGACCUAUGGCGUGGAGAACAGCAGCACGUUUCUGGAGUGCAGCCCAAAGUCACAGCGAGCUCGCAUCUACUGGCAGCUUCAGAGGCAGGGAGAGGAACGCAAGCAAGAGAUCAAGUCAGAUGACAAAUUCAUAAGGACUGAACAGGGCCUCCUCAUCCGGAGCCUACAGAAGGAGGACUCUGGGAUCUACCACUGCCAAGCAGUGGAGCAUGGCUUCGUUCAGGCCUUACUGAGGGUCUCCCUGGAGGUCAUUGACACGGAGCGUCUGGAGGAGCUACUGCACAAGGAAGAGGAGAGCUCAGUAGAAGGUGGCAGGGCCCGAGAAGGAGUGCCUCAAUCCUCCAGCCAGAAGGUGUGGUACAGGGACUUCAUGUCCCUCAUCAACCAUCCCAACCUCAAUAGUGUGGAGGAGUUCUGUGACCAGGUAUGGAGGCGAGAGCGCCGGCAGCGGCGCCAGAAGACUCAGAAUGGCCCAGCGCAUGCAGGCAAGUGGAAGCACCUGCAGGACAACAAGAAGGGCCGCAACCGGAGGACCCACGAGCUGGAGAGGGCGCCGAGGAGCGUCUGAGCGAGCACCCUGAUGUGCCCCAGCAAAACAAAAGAUGGACAUUCUUUUGAGUAGAUUCCCCAAAGGAACUUAACUGGAAAUGAGUGCAGAGAUGCUCCAGGCCCAAGAUGUUGCUAUGGUGAAGAUGUUUACAAAGAAGCGACGAAGAGAACUGAAAGCGCCCUCACCUGGUGACACUUCACCCCCGUCUGACCAAUCUCCAUUAAGGGAAGAUGGACACCGAUGCAGUACACGGACAUGGGACUUCCUGUAAAUAAUCUCCAGCAGAGACUAUGUGUGAUGCUUGGUUUUAGUUGAGGUCUGUUAAUAUUCCAGUCGUUUUGAAUGAUUACCACUUCUUAGGUAGUUUAAAACCAUGAAAUCCCCAUUAUGUGAGGAGAGGACGAUAACUCUUGGAAUAAUUAGCCUGUAUGUAGUGGUUCAGUCUAUCAUCUAAAUGCUUACACCAGUUAUGUCAUUUUUGUACUGUGGGAAAUCACCGACAAUGACAUUUCUUUGAAUCCUUGUGGGGGAAAAAAUAUAUAUCCAUUCUACUUCAUGAUCUUAAAUUCACAUCUUCAAUAAUAGCCAGCAUGGUGAGCUGAUCAUUGCAGUCUCGAAAUUCUGAAGACUCAAAACUCUAAAAAAAAAUUAACAUUUUGAUUUUCUUGUACUGCCAUCAGUGGUUUAUUAUAACAAUACAAUUGUUAUAUAUAAUGUUACUAACAUGCACAUUACUCAAGGAUCCUUGCAAUAGGUCAAAACAGCAAGAUUCAGGCCAUGAGGCCAGUGCUGUUAACAAUCUGAAUAAGCUCUUCCAGGUCAGAUAACUAUGUAAACUUGUUCCAAAAGGAAUGUUUUAUUUUUGCAUCAACAGAGUUUUAUCGUAAAGUAUGGUAAAAUAGUUUUAUUUGUAUUUUAUUGUAUAUGUUUUGCUUUCUACACAAACUACUGCAUCAUCUUGGGGUUAGAGACUUUCUUAGAGUCGCUUCUUUACUUUCGUAUCAUUAUUUCUAAGUUAUUUAGUUUGAUUUGAAUCCACAGCAUGGUCAACUGAAUGUGUCUCUCAUGUUCAGAAGCAAACUACCAUCCAGUUAUGUAUUUAAAUAAUCGUAAAUUAUUCCAAAUAGCUUCAUGGAAAGGCUUAAAAUAUCCUUAAAAUAAAAUAUCCUUUUCAGUUCAAUAUUGACUGGAAGGUGCAAUAACAACUUGUAACAUACUGUCAGUCAGUGAGUUGAACCAACAAAUUAAACAUUCCUUUUAAAUUAAACAGUCCUUAAUUUUUUUAAGAAAACAGUAUAUACAGUAUAUUGACUUUUGAUAUGUAUUUUUUGCGUUCCAGCCUGCAUAUAUUACAACUAAUAAUGCUGUAAAGUCCAAACACCUUACCAGACCUUUGCUGGAUCCACUCCUGAUAAUUUAUUAAUUAAUGAACGAUGCAUGCAUUAGGCGACAAAGGGGAAAGAUUUCAUUAAGCUACCAGUAACUAUCUGCACCAAUUUCAUACCACAGUGCAGUAUAGUGCAGUGAUUGACAGAAAUGUUACUUUUACCUCAUGUUGCAACGCUGACAUGCUGGGUCCAACUUUGGCCAAAAUGUUCAGCAGAAAUGAUCGUGAAGCUGACAGUAUGCAAAUACUGGCUUCGGAGCUUGACUUAGUCAGAGGAAACCGUCUGUUACGUGCAAGACACAUGUUAAACAUGUUAAUUCAUACUUCACUUCUCCGCAUGAGCUAUCGGUCCGCACAAAAGGUGGCAUAAAUUUUCUCGUCGGGGGUCAGUGCCCAUUGCAUGUUGACUAAGCAUGUCCAAGGAAACUGACGAGGUGUGUACAGUAGGGGGCAGCACCGACUUGCACAAACCAGAGGUCAACCAAGAAAAAGUAUAGGAAGAAGAAUUGUUGUUGGAGGUGUGGAGAUGGAUCUAAUUUUUCACACUGUCCAGACAUAUGGUAUCUUCAAAAUUAACACGAUUCAUUUUGAAAUUAAUUCAAAAUAUGCUAUGUCCCUUUAAUUCCGCCCAAAGGGUAGGGUAAACUCUUCAUAAAAUUGCACCCGUUUCACUACACUUCUUGUAUUUCAUUUGUUGCAAUACAUGAGCCCUCUCCUGGUCUGGUGAAAUAUCACUGCUGUAAGCAUACCCCAACCGCGAUCAUCUGCACGCGGAAAAGUGAAGUAUGAACUAAGCUUUAUGUUAUGUAUUUGUCAUUACUCACUUUACGCAGUGAAUGCGAUGUAAACGUGGUUGUUUGAGCCUCUUUAUGUCUUAUGUCGGCGCACCUUAUUACCGGAUUCGAUGCGAGCUUUAAUUAUAAUCGGAGAUGGAGCACGGUUCGCUCUGGAAAGACUUUAACGCUUCGACGCUCCUCGCCACACAGAACUACGUUCUUCUCUUUCUACAUUGCGCGCUCUACGGCGUAACAAAAAGGUCAAAACACGUUUCGCUAAAUAAAUCACAUGCCUUUCCGCGUUUGGCGUUCCGUAAAUAAAAGCCGUUACCUCUCCCUAUAAAACCAAACAAUUAGAAAAAAAGCGGAUUGUCAAGAACUUAUACCUGAACAUAGUACGAGACUGGAUGAUUUUGUUUUACAAACUGCAACUCCAACGUGGCAAACUUAUAGAAUACUUAUUCUUUUCAAGAUAAAAUAUACCCUGACCUAGCUGUGAAUUUUAUGUAAAAUAAUAGUAAUAAUAAUAAAGUAAAUCAUGUCAUGGUCCAACAUGCACUGUGUACAAAUUGCAUGUGAAUGCUUUUUUGUGCAUCGGGAGUUUUUUUCUUUACCAUUUAAGUCUCUAUUAAUGUCGUGUGUAUAGAAUUACCCAUUAAGCAGUACACAUUUACCUGUUUUUGAGGUGUAUAUAUUUUUCCUUAGGUAAAUCAAGGGAACGGUGUACAAUACUUGAGUCUAUAAGUACUCUUUUCCAGUGUGUGUAUAUCACUUUUUCAUCGACGAUAUGCAACCAUGGUUUAUAUAUUUCCCCACAAGCCAAUUAACAGUUAUUUAAUGUUUUGCGACACGUACAAAACAGUAUCCAUUGAUCGGCACACAUUCAGAAGGGCUCUGUGGAUCUGGAAGAGGAUCGAAAGGGAAAACUGCUGCUGUAAAUUAUUCAUUUUAGCAUGUAAUCCGUUGUUAAAAUAAACGAUUCUUUUAAAAGCUGA